AGUGAAAAUAAUGAAACUGAAAAGAUUUCUUCUGAGGAAACGAUGAACGUUGGGGGAAGUGAGGAAGUAAGGGCUUUAGAGUAUGGUGACAUUAAGAUGACCAAUGAGUCAUCUGACUCAGAGAGGACGAAGGAAGGGGUAGGAGGAAAUGAGAUGGCUGGGGUUGAGGGGGAGGGGGUCUUUGUAACUGUAUUAGAAGUGGGAGGUAGAAAUGAAAGGUGUUAUGAUUUUGAGGCAGAUAUCGUGUCUGAGGUUAGGAAGUAUAAGUCUGAACUCCAGAUUAGGGAUAGCUGGGGUUAUUUGGUGGAGACUUACGAACUUUCUUCUCGAGUUCUAAUUAGGCCUGUUGAGGUGGAGGAGAAGGCAUGCUUUGCACCCCUGGAUCAUUGGAUGCCUAUGUAUGCCGAUUAUUUGGCAGUGGGGCUUUGGUUUCCAAUUCCUGAACUGUUGGUGGGGUUGUUAGACUAUAGUAUAGGGUUGACACAACUAGCCCCCAAUGCUAUGAGGGGGGGAAGUAGGAAGGAGAAGGGGUGGUAUUAUUUUACCCCUAGAGUGUCAAAUAAGGAGAAUAAGAAUCUAUUUACAGCGGGUCCUUCAUCCAUUAAGGGAUGGAAGGAAAAAUUUUUGUUUGUUGAUGACACUGAGUGGGAAAGGAGGGAUGCCGAGGUAGAAUUUUUGUCGUCCUGGAAGGCUAAGAAAGCCAACCAGAAUAAGUACAGUUUGAAUAGUGAUGAGGAGGAAAAGGUGGGGAAGUUGGUGAGGGAGGGAGGUGACAUUGUAAAUAUCAUGUACCUCACCAGCUCGGAUGUCAUAGAGGCUGCUGAGCUCUAUGAGCCAAGUUCUUUGAGUGAAAGGGACGAGGUAAUUGAAUUCAUACCUCGACCUCCUCCUAUUGAGCUCGAUCCUGAGCCUACGGAGACUAAGGUCGGGGGGGCUGAGAACGCAAUGGGGGCAAAAAGGUUUAUUAAUACAACAUUCCCCAAAGUGGACAAGCGUCAGGCUAAGGAAGAGGUGCUGAGGUAUGUAGGAGCGAAAGUGGUUAAGCAUGCUUUGGAAGAGUUUGUAGAGAGUGUGAAGGAGCGCACUAUCUUACGGAGGCAAUGUGAGCAACUGCAAAAGGAGAAGGAUGAGCUGGAAAAGAAGAAUAAGGAGAUGCAAGAGAUGCUCGAUGAGGUGGUACCAGCAGUGAAGCAGCUUGAAGAUGAGAAAGAUUCGUUGAGUACUAAGCUCGUUUUUUAAAAGAGAAAAAGAAAGACCUCUAAAAGCCAAUGUAAGGCUCAGGAGAAGGAGAUAAAAAAGAUGAAAAAGGCUA